UAACUACUCUUUUAGUCGAGCAGAACGUGUGGCUUCCGUUUGUCGAUUCUUUGCACGAUCUCCUCUGCCCGUCGACUUGUCGCGAGAUAAACUUGGUUUCGCUGGAAUAUCGGUUGCGAUUUUGACGGCUUUGAGAGGACAUUUUUGUUUCUUUUUCCAUCUCUUCGCAGCGACAAUCGAUACGAGCGCAUACAAUACGAAUGCAUCCGAUGCUUAAAGGCAAUUAUGAACAACACCGUCGGCAUAAAAGAAAUGUUGGCCCACCACGAGGCGCUAACGAUCGUGGCCAGAUCGCUGGAACCCACCAAACCGUCCGUCAUGUCGGAAGCCGUGAAACUUCUGGGAGCGGUUUGUCUGAUUUCGAGCGAUAGUCACAAAAAGGUAUUGGAUGCGAUUACCAUGAACGGAGAGUUCAAGGGAAGAGAGAGAUUCUUACCGAUCGUUCAGGGAUUGAUGAACAAGAAAAAUGAAAAUUUGAGGGUCGAGUGUCUUCAACUGAUCAAUUCUAUCAUCUCCUCGGCUGAAGAGCUCGACUUUCGACUCCACCUACGGAAUGAAAUUAUGCGAGUUGGACUGGCGGAUAUAUUGGAAAUGCUCGAGAGAGACGAAUCCGAAGAUCUGGCUAGGCACUUGAAAAUUUUCAACGAUCACAAGGAGGAAGAUUACGAGGAAUUCGUCCAGAGGUUCGAUCACGUCCGAUUGGAGUUGGACGACGUCAACGAUUGUUUCGAAGUGAUCAAGAACAUGGUGAUGGAAACCUCUGCCGAGCCCUACUUUCUAUCGAUACUUCAGCACCUGCUCUUCGUCAGGGACGACGCCUCGGUCAGGCCCGCGUACUACAAACUGAUAGAGGAAUGCGUAUCGCAAAUAGUACUCCAUCGUUCGGGCUGCGACCCAGAUUUCAGCGCGACCAAACGAUUUCAAAUCGACGUGCAACCAUUGAUAGACACGUUGGUCGAAAAAUCACGAGCGGAAGAAGAACGACGAUUGGUCGAGGUGUCGCAGAAAUUGGAAGAAGCUAUAGCCAGUAAACAGGAGGCAGAGGCGAAGCUGCAGCACGCGGAGAACAAAAUCCGAGAAUUGGAACAGGGAGGAGGGAAAUCUGUCGGUAACAACGCGAAGCACGGGACUUGUCCGCCUCCACCGACUCUGCCGGGGAUUCCACCGCCGCCGCCUCCGCCGUUU